AUGACAUUGGAUGUUCUGGAUGUGUUUGCCGCACAUAAACGUCUUGAUGCUUGCCACAAAAAUGAGGAAGAGAAUGAGCUCGUCUGCAUCGACGAACCAAGAGAUGUGUUAAUCAAGAUGCUGACAGAGGGAGAUGACAUUUCAAUGAAGCAAAACAAAAUAGUCUCCAUUGUCGGUCAUGGGGGAUUGGGCAAGACAACUCUUGCCCAAGUUGUGUACCAUCAGCUUAAACCGCAGUUUGAUUGUGGGGCUUUUGUUAGGGUCCCCCUUGAACCAGCUGACAUGGUGAAGUUUUUCACGGAGAUGUUCCAUCAACUUAUUGGCGUGGAAAAUCAUACGAACAUCAAUGAAGAAGCAAAUGAUAUAAGACAGCUCGUUUCUCAAAUUAGAGAAUUUCUUCUGAACAAGAGGUACCUGGUCGCGAUUGAUGAUUUAUGGAACGAAGAUGACUGGCAGAUCAUCUCAUCUAGCUUGACAAAUAAUGACUAUGGUAGCAGAGUAAUUACUACUACUCGUGUUAAUGACAUAGCUAAGUUAUGUUGCUCAGGCUGUGACGAGUCGAUAUAUGAAGUUCAUUAUCUUGGAUACGAAUAUUCCAGAGUGUUGUUCUUCAAGCAUUAUUUUCGCCAUGUGGCCAGUUGGCCUAAUGCACCUGGAGACAUUUUUUUGUUUGGGAUCUUGAAGAUGUGCAGUGGUACACCUUCAGCAAUAAUAAGUAUUGCUUCGUUACUCACAACCAAGGUAACCCCAACAAAGCCAUGGCAAGAGAUGAUGUAUUCUGUAUAUUUUUCUUGGAAGCAGACGCCACAUUCUUUAGGUUCUGAAUCCGAGAACAUUACUGGUUUCGAACUCUUCAGAGAGAUUAUAUCACUUAUCUAUGCUCACCUUCCCUGUGCUCUGAAGGACUGUUUGCUGUACAUGGCUGUUCAUGCUAGGAACCAAAUAAUCCAUAGGACUACUAUGGUUAGGAAAUGGAUUGCUGAAGGAUUCAUCUCUGAAAAUGUGAGGCAUAGUCGAGAGGAAGUAGCAAGCGGGUACUUUGAUGAGCUCAUCAACAGAAAUUUCAUCCGGCUGUCAGAAUAUGAUAACUAUUCAAGGGAAGAGAUGUAUGAAGUUAACCAAAUGGUACUUUAUGCUCUUAGGCAGAUAUCAGAAAAGAAAAAAUUUGCAACUGUCUUGUCUGACGUUGGUAUUUCAAGGGAAUAUGCUCAUUAUUUCCGUUUGUCAGUCCAAUGUUCUUCUGGUUCGGAACUUUCAGUUGACACGGAAGCGAUGAAACCUGAUGGCAAUAUUCGUUCCGUGACUAUUGCUGGGCCUGCAGAGUUUUAUUUAAACAAUGAUUUGGUGUAUCUACGGGUGUUAGACCUAGAUGGCUGCAAGGAUUUGGAAAACUCGGCUAUGGACCAUAUAUGCCAAAUGACCCUGUUGAAGUACUUGAGUCUCCAGCACACUCCAGUCAAGAAGAUCCCACCAGAAAUCAGGAGAUUGUGCUAG